GUGGAAUGUAUCGUAUCGUUGGGCUGGCUUGGUGAACUUGGCCGUUGCGAAGCUUUUCGUGGUUGUGGUGGUGCUAAAAUUUCGGGAAGCGCCCCAAGCUUCUAUGAGGCGGGCGACACAGACCAACUUGGCAAUAUCAAAUAUCAAGGACCCCGUCCAUCAUCUCCUCACGCACCGUUGCCUCAGCAGUCUCAGUCAACGUCGAGCCUUUAAGGUCGCAUACUCUUCUACAUAAUCGGGGCUUUCACAUCGUAUGCGAGAAGAGAAAAGGAGAAAAUCCAAAGAUGGUUUUUUAUUUCACGUCAACGGUGGUUGAUCCCCCGGCGGCCGUAUAUGUGGGCAAAGACAAAUUCGAAAACGAGGAGUUGAUCAAGUUUGGCUGGGAGGAAGAUGUCUGGUUCCACGUAGACAAGUUGUCUAGUGCCCAUAUCUAUCUCAGGCUUAGAGAGGGCGAGGCCUGGGAUGCCAUUCCCGAAGACCUCGUAACCGACCUUGCCCAGUUGACCAAAGCCAACUCGAUCGAAGGCAAUAAGAAGGAUAACGUCACCGUCAUCUACACACCGUGGUCCAACCUCAAGAAGGAUGGCAGCAUGGCUGUCGGACAGGUUGGCUUCAAAGACCAAAGAAAGGUCAUUAGAGUUAUAGUCCCUCAACGGGAGAACCCUAUCGUCAACCGCCUAAACAAGACGAAGAUCGAGAGGAUCCCAGAUCUAAGACAAGAGAGGGACGACCGGCAGAAGGAACUCCGAAAGCGUGAUCAAGCCGCGCACCAGCAGAGGAAAAAGGAAGAAGCCCUGAUAGCGAAGGAGAGGCAGGAAAAGAAGUGGCAAAAGGACCAUGCGUACGACGAGCUGUUUUCGGAAGAGAACAUGGCUGCAACCAGCAACCAGGACCGUGAUAUGAGCUGGGAAGAUGAUUUCAUGUAGGGGGCGAGGCCCGUUUGUAAACUCGAGAAAAAGGGAGAGAGGAAAAGAAUAGAUAGCUACUCUUUAGUGGUAGACUACUGUAGUGUGGCCAAAGAAGACGCCAUGCUUUUGCUUUCAGCAAUGUACCCAGCCCUCAACUCCGGCCCGGCUUCCCUUCCUUCCUCUAUCC